CUGAUGCAUCUGGGAGUCCACUGUACCUAUGACAACCAACAACUGGCUGCUUCUGUGGAUGUGUUCUUUCUCUGCUGUCAGCUAUUUCAACUAAUGUGGUUUCCUCCCAGAUCCGGGGCCCACAUCUCAAAGACCUGCAUUGUGUACAGCCUGGUGACUGCAGUCCCUGCACGGAGGCUCCAGCAUCUCCUGGGGCACAGCCAAUAUAGUGAGGCCACAGUAUAUCUUCCAAGGAGGUCCGUGGCAUUAUCUGUGGGAAAGAAUAAAAAUAUUGUUGAAGGUCUGCUUGUUCAGGAAGUGGUCGAAGAAACAAGUCCGUUUAAAGACAAAAUCCCUUCCCCUGGAUCGACUUGUCUUCUGUGUCUGCACGGGACACGCCCCUCACAAGGUUCUUUAACUUGCACCCGCGAUUGCAGCAGCAUUUCAGCUUCGUGUACCGCAUGAAGAUGUUAAAGAAGCCAAAUGAACCUGACGACGAAGGAUGCUGCAGAGACUGACCCUCCUGAGGAUGAUGGCUUGUGAUUGAUCCAUUGACAUCAGAUGAUGCUAUCAUUGCUAAAUGCUUACAAGACAGCAUACAACUUUAAAGAAAUUAUAGAACGACUAGUCCAAAGUACAACAAUGUCAUACUAUGCUUCUCUAAUCCUCAUUUUCAAUCACCAGUAUUCUGUCCAGCUUCUCCCCGUAACAGUAGUCACUCUUCUCCUCUUUAGGCAGUCUGGCCUCCUUUAUCGUUUCUCCAUAGCUGUGCCAUUCAUCUUUGUAGGAAAAGACUGUCAGUGCUUGGGAGUGCACACUUUUCCAUUCUGAUCAAACACUCCACAGGCUGGGAUAGCAUCGGUUGGAUACAGAGUAAAGCCCUCCUGUCAAACUCUCCCAUCACUGUCACAUCAAACACACCCAGAGCAGGAACUGCACAGGUUGGAUUCAGAGAGGAGCACCCUGUCCUCUAUGGUUCUUUUGCCUGAAAACACCUUAAAUAUCUACAUUUUGAUGGCAGAAUGGUUUCUUUGUAUUUGCUAUUAAAAGCUAUCAUGAUUUUGAAACCCUCUGCAAAAUCUCCCUUUAACUUUCUCUGCUCUCAGGACAACUCCAUUUUUGCAGUCUUUCCAUAGAACUAAAGACGGUUAUCCCUAGAAUCAUUCAGGAGAGCAUCCUCUGUAGUGCUUGAUGGUCAGCGCAGGCUUGGUGGGGCAAAGGACCUGUUUCCAUGCUGUAUGACUCUGUGACAAACCUAAUCGAAAUUUUAAAGCACAUUUGCCUCAUGAUGCUGGUACCAGCUUUUACAAAGAAUUAUCCAGUUUUAGUCCAGACAUCAGCCUUUUCACCAUAAUCCUGUGAAGUAAACCUUUGACAUACUUGA